CAGCCUUACCCUGUCCAGCACCCUCAGUCCCUCUACCCCCCUCAGCCUUACCCUAUCCAGCCCCCUCAGUCCUACUCUAACCCCAGUAAACACCACAUUGUGAUCCAGCAGGAGGCACCACCGGCAGGGUUCCCCAUGCAAUGGGCUGCUGGAGUCGCCACGGCUGGGCUCCAUUUCAGGGCCCCAGUGGGCCUUCAAACUUCCUGGACAAGCCCUGCCAUGCCGGAUACCCAGGGAUGGAGAAUAGUACAGGAUGUGGCGGGGGAGGAUCUGGGGAGGGUGGCCAGUGCAGCGACUAGUCCUGAAGGAGGGAGCAGUGUGGGACACAGACAGAAGAGAGAGAAGAGCAGCGAUUUGGCACAUGAGCUCGACAUCAAACCAGUGCGUCUGUCGAGUGGACAUGGAGAGAGCAGUGAGAAUAGCAGAACCUCCAGUCAGGCCAGUAAAGACAGCGUCAGUAGCAGGGAGAGGAGGAAGAGGAAGGAGAAGAAUGGAGGAAGAGCAGGACAGAGUGCAACAGACAGGUCCUCUGCAGGAUCCGGGGAGGUGGUUAUUCCUGAGGCUUCAGUAUCUUCUGCCUCUGUGGUCCAAAGCUCAGAGAAUGAUGGGACAUCGGUGGUAGGGAGAAACAGGAGCAGGAUGAGUAGGGGACUGGCUAACCUAUUCAGUGCAGAGGAGACAGGAAGUCAUAGAGACGAAUCAGGGAGUGAUAGGGAGUGGUCGGUGAGUCAAAAGGAGGAAUCAAGUCAAAUUCAAGAAUCAGGGAGUCAUAGGGUAGAGGCAGUGAGUCAAAUGGAAGAGUCAAGAAGUCAUAUGCAGGCGUCAAUGAUUAAAAAGGAGUCAGUGAGUCAUAGGGAGGAAGUAGCCAGUGAGGAAGAAGUAGGAGAUAAUGCCAUGGAGGCCACAGAGGGAGAAGAGGAGAGUCUGGUUGGACUCAGUGCGGAGGAGGGAGCAACAGGAGAAGAGGAGAGUCUGGUUGGACUCAGUGCGGAGGAGUUAGCAACAGGAGAAGAGGAGAGUCUGGUUGGACUCAGUGAGGAGGGGGGAGCAACAGGAGAAGAGGAGAGUCUGGUUGGACUCCGUGAGGAGGGGGGAGCAACAGGAGAAGAGGAGGAGGAAAUUAAACAUGACAGAGAGGAGGGGAGGGAAACAAAGAAAGAAGAGGGAAUGGGAGAACAUGAAGGCGAAAAAGAGCAAGGAGAAGAUCAGGAUGAAGGCAAUGAGGCACACCAUAGAGACAGAGACGAAGGAGAGGAGGAGGAGGAAGAGGAAGAAGUCCAACCAGAGAGUGAGAGCGUUUCUAUAAGGGAGCACACUGCAGAGGACGAGGAAGACAGGGAGAGGGGAGAGGAGGACGCAGAGGAGGCACAGGACUCAGAAGGGCAGGUAGAGCGCGAGGAGGUGGAACGGGGUGAUAGAGGCAUGGAGGAAGAGAGCGAGAACGAAAGAGAGGAAUCACACACGUCUCAGAACGGAGAGAUAGAAGAGGAGGAUGUGGGAGUUGGGGAUGAAAGAGAUGAUAAUGAGGAGGGGUCAGAAGGUGAAGAAGAUGGUGGCGAGGAAGAGGAAGAGGAGCAGCGUUGUCAGGAUGCUGAGGAAGACUCGGCAGCAGGGCAACCUGAGGAUGAAGAGGAGAGAGAGUCUGACGACAGCAUCAUCUCACCACCAGAACACAGGUCAUCCAAAUGCCUGGCAGAGGAGGAGGAGGAGGAAGAAGUGAUCGGUGAUAAUGAUGAAAAUGAUGAUGGUGAAGAUGAUGAAGAUGACAAAGUGAAAGGGUAUUCAUGGUCUGUGGAUCCCUUUCCAGAUGAGGAUGAUGACAUUGAAAGUCUUCUCGCUCCACAAGCAAAGUCUCAGGAAAAACAAGAGAAAGAAGAAAAGAAGAAGACAGUCGUCCUUGUCAAACCCAAAGCCAUAUAUGAAGACUUGGACAGUUUCUCUGAAGUAAAAGCACUUCACAAAAAGAAAGGGGCUAAUCAGGACACAGACUCAGAAGAGUUUGAUCACUUCUACGACUGACAAGCCUUGUGUUCCAGCUCACCUAAAACCUCAACAAGAUAUGAGUGACUGCAAUUCUAAUGCCAGACUUCUAAAUCCACAACACUUGAACAUGAAAUCCACAACACUUGA